CAAUUAUCUUGAAUCACUGUAAAUAUCGUAAUGGUAGAGACGCAACAGAGUAAAAAAAAAUAAAAUUUUUAAAUUUAAAGUGAAUAAAUAAUUAAUUAAAUUAUGCCAAAAGUAGUAUCGAGGAGCAUUAUAUGCUCCGAUACGAAAGAUCAGGAGGAAUAUAGUGAAGAGAAGCCGUUGCAUAUUUAUUAUUGUUUAUGCGGUCAGAUGACACUAAUUCUAGAUUGCGCGAUUGAAAAAUUGCCACUAAGGAAAAGAGAUGGAGCGAGGGUAAUUGAUGGCAGCAAGCAUGCUCAUAAAAUGACUUCAGAGCGAGAUGAGAUUGUAUUUCUCAAGCGUCCAGAGGGAAUAGAAAAACAGUAUAGACAAAAGUGUAAAAAAUGUGGUUUAUUGCUGUAUUAUAAGCAUGAUCCAGGAGCAAAUAUAGUAUUUAUAGUAAAAGACUCAGUAAUAAAAAAUUCUGGCGAUGGUCCUAUGACAGACAUUUAUAAUCAAGUAGCUAUUGAGAAACCUAAAAAAAUAAUGGUUACAAAGCAUACCAAGAAUAUGGGAAAAUUCAGCUCUGUUACUGUGUCCACAAUUGAUGAGGAAGAGGAUGAAAUUGAAGCUAGAGAAGUUGCUGACUCAUAUGCAAACAAUGCCCGCAUCAUAGAGAAACAGUUGGAAAGAAAAGGUAUGAAUAAACGAAAAUCUGUACCAUCCACUGAAACAGAUUCAAAGCGGGCAAGACCUAGAGGAACAUUACUGGAUGUUUGAUUUUUCAUUGAAUUUCUGUACCAUGACUUGGAUACAUUAGUGAAUUUGGAGCAUCUUGUAAUUAUGUACAAUAUAUAUAUCUAUAUAUAUAAUUUACCACAUAUUUUAAUUAAAAUAAAUUAAUUCAUUUGUUAUAUAUUAUCAUGAAUAAAAAGAUAAUAAUA